CGCGCAGUAGAAGAGAAGAAUCCCGGCGGCCCCAAAACCUUUAUUUUUUUCUCGUCUCUUUAUAUGUUGGUCGGAUCGUUUUCAGUGAUUAUGUUGUUUGCUGUGUCGUAUUCUUAUUUUGGUGUCUCAUUUUCGAUGUUCUUAUAGCUUUGCUUUCUUGCUUAUAACUUACAAGACACGUUAAUUCAGGAUAUCUAACUACUGCUAGAACUGUCUCUUUAAUUCCCUCUAAACCUUACACUUCACUGCCUUACUUGCCCAACGAUCAUAGAUCCUUUUAUCGCCUCAUAGUCCGAGACAGCUUGUGCUUUAUUUUCUCGUGGGAUUUGGUCUAGUUCUUGUACUGUUCCAUAUACACGAAAGAGAACAAAAAAGAAGGCCGGGAUUAAUUUCUAAUGGGAGGGCCGGAGGGUGUGAUAGUGUUGAGAGAGUUCGACCGUAACAAGGACCUUUGGGGAGUGGAGGAUGUGGAGAGGAGGUGCGAGGUCGGACCCAGCGGCAAGCUCUCCCUCUUCACCGACCUCCUUGGUGAUCCUAUUUGCCGGGUCCGCAACUCUCCUGCUUUCCUCAUGCUGGUGGCGGAGAUGGGCGAAGAGAAAGAGAUAGUUGGCAUGAUCAGGGGCUGCAUCAAGACCGCAACUUGCGGCAAGAAACUCUGCAGAAAUGCCAAAACUAACGCCAACAAGAAUGAACACAUCAAACAUGUUCCUGUUUACACCAAGCUCGCCUACAUCUUAGGCCUCCGCGUCUCCCCUUCUCACCGGAGGAUGGGAAUCGGUUUAAUGCUGGUGCGUCGAAUGGAGGAGUGGUUUAGAGAGAAUGGCGCCGAGUAUUCGUACAUGGCAACCGACAACGACAAUCUCGCUUCCGUUACGCUCUUCACCCAGAAAUGCGGUUACUCCAAGUUCCGUACGCCUUCCAUCCUUGUCAAUCCCGUCUUCGCUCACCGAGUCCCGAUCUCCAACCGAGUCUCCGUCAUUCGGCUCGAUCCCUCGGACGCAGAAAUCCUCUACCGCCGGCGAUUCUCAACCACCGAGUUUUUCCCCCGAGACAUUGACUCCGUUCUCAACAACAAACUCAGUCUGGGGACCUUUCUUGCUGUGCCUCGUGGGACGUUUACGGCGGAGUCAUUCCCCGGGUCGGAUCGGUUCCUUUCAGACCCACCUGAGUCCUGGGCGGUACUGAGUGUAUGGAACUGUAAGGAGGUGUUCGCGCUGGAGGUCCGGGGGGCGUCGUACGUGAGGCGCACUCUCGCAAAAACAACCCGGAUCGUGGACCGGGCCUUUCCGUGGCUGCACGUACCUUCGGUGCCGGAAUUGUUUAAGCCAUUCGGGCUGCAUUUCAUGUACGGAAUGGGAGGGGAAGGCCCAGGCGCGGUGAAGUUGGUGAAGGCGUUGUGUGGUUAUGCGCACAACCUGGCGAAGGAUUGUGGGUGUGGGGUAGUGGCGACGGAGGUGUCAAGUCGGGAACCGCUGAGGUUAGGAAUUCCUCACUGGAAGAAAUUAUCGUGCGCUGAGGACUUGUGGGGCGUGAAGAGGCUGGGGGAAGCCGAAGGCUAUAAUGACGGCUCUGUCGGUGACUGGACCAAAUCAAAACCUGGAUUGUCCAUUUUUGUGGACCCAAGAGAGUUCUAAAAUCUAAAAAUCAAAUUAGCCAAUCAUGAGGAAAUAUGAAUAAAGAAGAAAUGGAUAUUUUUUCUUUUUUUUUUUUAGUAAAACAAAAGAAAAUAUCAAACCCGCCCAUAUAUAUACCAUAGGCUUUUUGUUGUAAUUGGAUGUGGCUUUUUUACAUCUUGUUGAAGCAGAA